UCCAGCCUUCACGACCAACAGCGAGCCUCGGUCCAAACCCUAACCUUCCCUUCAUGUCGUUUGACAUCGGUUCCGCGCAACCCUCCCCGGCAUUCUCCGCUGCUCCUGUUUUUAACGGUGGUACGAUCUCCUCCGGCACUUUCGAAGAUGAGCCGCCUCUGCUCGAGGAGCUUGGCAUCAACACCCGUCAGAUCUGGAAAAAGACAGUAUCGAUCUUAAACCCCAUUCGCGUGAAUCCUAGUCUUCAUGAGGACGCCGAUCUCUCUGGCCCCUUUAUCUUUCUAAUGGCUUUUGGUCUCUUUCAACUGCUUGCCGGGAAGUUUCAUUUUGGGAUCAUCUUGGGAUGGGUUACCGUCGCUGCUCUGUUUGUUUACGUGGUGUUUAACAUGCUGGCCGGAAGGAGCGGAAACUUGGAUCUUUACCGGUGUCUGAGCCUGGUGGGAUACUGCAUGCUUCCAAUGGUCAUCUUCUCGGCGAUUUCUCUAUUCGUGCCGCAUGGUGGAGUCGUGAUCUUUGCUAUGGGCGCCGUUUUUGUUCUGUGGUCGACGAGGAUGUGUACGCAGCUUCUGGUGGAGCUGGCUACAGGUGGUGAGGAGCACCGAGGACUAAUAGCCUAUGCUUGUUGGCUAGUCUACAUGCUCUUCUCUCUGCUUGUCAUAUUUUGAUAGCAGUUUAGUUCAUGACCUUGAAAGCUGGUAGAGGAUGCGUAUUCAAAUGACUUCUUGGUACUUUGCAGCUUUGGUAGGAAGUUUCUAGAAUAUUC